AUGGCCCUGUCCCUGUGCUUCAACGAGGAGAGUGUGCUGCUCAGGCUUGGCCGCAUCUGGGAUCCACGCAUCUUGCUUUCUGGACACCAAGAGGCAGAUCGAGAUGCAGACAGGAAGCACUCCCUUGAAGUAUUGGCUACUAUUACAUCUCCUGCUUUUAGGACAUGUGGCAACAGCGGAACCCCCACCGCUGGAUCCAGUGCUACCCCCAGUGGCAGCAGCGGAACCCCCACCCGUAGACCCAGUGUUACCCCCCGUGGCAACAGUGGAACCCCCACCCCUGGAUCCAGGGCUACCCCCAGUGGCAGCAGCGGAACCCCCACCCGUAGACCCAGUGUUACCCCCCGUGGCAACAGUGGAACCCCCACCCCUGGAUCCAGGGCUACCCCCAGUGGCAGCAGCGGAACCCCCACCCCUGGAUCCAGUGCUACCCCCAGUGGCAGCAGCGGAACCCCCACCCCUGGAUCCAUUGCUACCCCCAGUGGCAGCAGCGGAACCCCCACCAGUAGACCCAGUGUUACCCCCAGUGGCAACAGUGGAACCCCCACCCCUGGAUCCAGGGCUACCCCCAGUGGCAGCAGCGGAACCCCCACCCCUGGAUCCAGGGCUACCCCCAGUGGCAGCAGCGGAACCCCCACCCCUGGAUCCAGGGCUACCCCCAGUGGCAGCAGCGGAACCCCCACCCCUGGAUCCAGGGCUACCCCCAGUGGCAGCAGCGGAACCCCCACCCCUGGAUCCAGGGCUACCCCCAGUGGCAGCAGCGGAACCCCCACCCCUGGAUCCAGGGCUACCCCCAGUGGCAGCAGCGGAACCCCCACCCCUGGAUCCAGGGCUACCCCCAGUGGCAGCAGCGGAACCCCCACCCCUGGAUCCAGGGCUACCCCCAGUGGCAGCAGCGGAACCCCCACCCCUGGAUCCAGUGUUACCCCCAGUGGCAACAGUGGAACCCCCACCCCUGGACCCAGUGCUACCUCCAGUGGCAACAGCAGAGCCCCUUCACCUUCUCCACCUGGGAUGCACACAACUUCCGAUGUGCUUAGCUUAAGUGCUGCUACCUCAACGAGCAGCGUGAGGCCCGAAGGGUCCCUGAAGCCAUGGGAAAUCUUCCUCAUCACGCUGGGCUCGGCUGCAGUGGCUGUGGGGCUCUUCGCUGGGCUCUUCCUCUGUGUGAGAAACUCCCUGUGCCUGAGAGACGCCUUUGACGCAGCUGUCUACCAUCCCCAUGACCUCCAAGUGGGCCCGGGCCCCGGAGGGAGGGAGGGCUCCCAUUACAGGCCGAGGUGGAGGAGACGGGGGUCCUCUGCAGUCCUGGAGAUGAGAGGGCCGCACCCACGGCCCUGAGCAGCGCUGGCCAGGGCCACACCUUCCUGGAGGAAGCUGGCCUGGCGGGCGGGAGACCCGAGUGUCUUCGUUCAUCCCCAGGAGUCCCCUCCCAGCGCUGUUGGGAUCUGUGACAGCCUCGGGGAAGACACUUCCUCCCUCUCAGCUGCUUGUACCAGACAUUGGAGAGAGGAGCCACUCUUCCUUGGUCAUUUAGCUAAGAAAUAAACACA